AUGACCCCUGCUGACACGCGUGCCGAGACGCUCGUAGCGUGGCUCCAUCGCCUUGAGCACGCCCACGCCGCUACCAUUACGUACCCCGAGACAAAGUCCUUAACGAUCCACGUCCUCGGUGCUGAUCACCGUGAGGGCAAUAGUGGAGCCGCAACCUUCGAGGUCUUCAGAGCGUUCACGGAACACGUAGCAGCUCGGACGCGUCUGACGUCGCUCCAGCUCGUGCUAGUGGGGCCCAACGUGUCCAGGACGCUGCAUCUCGACGAGUUCACCCAACAGUGUUCGGUCCCAGUAUCUGACAAUGGAGAAGCCACGACGUGCGACGUGAGGAUCCGCUACUUUGUCGGGAGCUUUGAGGCCUCUUUCCAAGACAAGGCACAGGUCUGGAAACCAGAUCUCGUCGUGUGUUUCAAUGCGGGAAUCUGGGGCUACAACGAGUGGCUGCCAGCCAUUCAAUUGGUGCUAAAGGACGUGCAAGUGCCGCUGCUCGUGACGUCGUACAAUGCCGACGAAGCUGGAGACGAUGAGGACGUGCUGGACGAGAUGAAGCUGGGCGAGUGGCUCUGGAGACCCGAGAAGAAUCCGUGGGGGGCGACGACGCCACGAGCGACGAACAACGCGGACGCAAAAGUGCUCAAGGAGAAUGACUACUGGAUGUGUCUCACUGGUUCUUCGCAUGCCUAG